AUGAGGCGAAAUGCACGUGUUCCCACUCCGAGGCAUGGUUCAGGACGUCCACGCAAGAGGACAUUGGAAUCCCUGGCGACGGAGUCGCUAGAGGUGUCUGCUGGGGACGAGCCUGCCGGUCAGGGACAAACUCCACAUUGUACUACGAGUGCAUCGGGCUCUCAAACUCCGAUGGUUUCAGAGGUACCUACCCCGACCAUACUCGUCGUACCCACUCCUACAGUAUUCAUAGUGCCACCAGCGGUGCCUCUUACGGCAUAUCCGACACCUCCUCCAACAGUACUUGCUGCUACGUACCCGACACAAGCACCAGUAGCACCAGUUACACCUAUUGUACCUCCAGCCGUGCCCACCUAUACUGACCCUGCAGUGCCACCAGCGGCACCUGUCCUAGCUUAUGUAGCAACACCGAGGAUACCUCCCCUGGCCUAUCCAGCGGUACCACCUAUAGUACCAGCUCUAAUGGUUUUGCCCGUUCCCGCAAUAGUCCCUACUCACCUUACUGGUAUAGUUACGGCACGAGCUCGGAUCCCAGCUUUGGCAGGGUCAAUGAAAAGUUGA